CCGAGCUGGUCCCUGGUUCGUUAUGUCUUUGGGCCCGCUCCCCGUCUCGCCAUGCCCGCUGCUGAACGCUCCCCGCCGCCGCCGCUGCUGCGCUUUCUGUCGUCGUUGCUUCUGAUUUCGUGCCUGCAUGGGUCGGUGAGAGCCGCGGAGGAGGGCGGCGGCCUGCCCUCCUCCUCCUCCUCCUCCUCCUCCUCCUCGCCCGGGGACAAUGGCCCCGCGGUCCCGGUUGGAGACCCGUCCGCCGCCGCGCCGAGCGCCCCCGGAAGACUCCUCGGCCUCUCCGCUCCGACGGAAGAGCCCCAGUUUGCCCUGAAGGUCGUGGUGAGGGACCUGGUGACCCGCCAGCCGCUGCCGGGCGCCUCGGUGGACGUCUACGUCAACCACACCCUGAGGAGCUCUGCCCGGACGGGGGUGAGAGGCGAGGUUCUGCUCUGGGUCGCGUACACUCCCGGCCUCAGCCUGACUCUGCUGGGCAGCAUGGAGGGCUACGUGCCCAGCCCCCUGCCCUGGAGCACCAGCAAGAGACCGAUUUUCUCCGCUGUGACGUUGCUGCUGCUGCCUCACAGUCAGGGGAACGUCUGGCUGUUCGACGACUCGGUGCUCAUCACCGGGAAGCUGCCUGACCGCUCGUCCCAACCCGAGGUCACGUUCCCCAAGAGCCUCCUCACGAUGUCUGGCGACAGCAACGUCUCCUCCGUGACGGCGUACCUGACCGUCCCACAGCGCCACCUGGAGAAGGACUGUGCCAACUGCACUCCGGGCAUCGUCGGCCAACCGUCACUGUUCAGAAGCAUCGAGCUGAAGGCGGUGGCGGCCGUCAGCGUGCUGCUGUACUCGGGCGGCGAGGAGCUCCGGGUGCGGGGGCCCGUUCAAAUCAGCCUGCCGCUGGGGCCCGGCGCUCACCUCAGGGCCUCGGACACGGUGCCGGCCUGGGCCUUCAACCUGAAGACAGGAGCCUGGGAGAACCAGGGUCUGGGAAUCGUGAAAUCCGUUGGCGAGGAGCUGGUUUGGACCUACACCGCCUCCCAUCUGGGCGACUGGAUCGCUGCCCCCUUCCCCUCGUCAAACGAUUACCUGGGCUAUGGAGGCUCCGUUGACUUCAUGUCGUACCACACCUACCUGCUGAUGGGAGUACUGGGAGCAACGCUGGCUGUGGUGAUUGGAUUUCUUUCCUUGCUGCUGUGUCACUGCAGGAGAAGUUCUUAUCCAGAGACCAUGAGGAGGAGGAGAGCACGUUUUUCCAAACUCACAGUGGGGAAAAAAGACCAAACCACCUCCACCCACAUGGAAGAGGGCCUGCUGUUCCGCCCUGGCGACAACAGCCUGGCUUCCUGCAGCGUCCAGUGCGACCCCUCGUCCACGCCGAGGCACAAGGCCAACUACAACAUCUACGUGGAGGAUCCAGGGAGUCGCCCGGCGGCUCCUCUCUACGAGAACAUCGCUCUGGAUCGGAUCAAAGGCUCCCAGCCGCCGUCCCACUACAUCAACAGCGACGAGGUCGCCCGGCUUCGGGAGCGGUCGGAGCAGAACCGCGCCAACAUGAACUCUGACGGCUUCUUUCAAGAUAACUUGGUUCACAUUUACAACCAGCCGGGGGCCGAGCACGACCCUCACUCGGAGCCCCAGGCGCUACCCAAAGUCCCUCACCAGCAGGGCAGCCAAGAUGAGCCCCAGCCUCUGGAGACUCCUCCACAAGGGCCCAACGCCGGUGUGUGGGGCCGCUACGGUAACCUCAUGGAGUCCUCCGUCUCCGUCCCCGGGACGCUCAACGAGGCGGCGGGCAUGCAGGCCUUCGGCGGCGGGCACGGCGAGCUCACCCGGGGGAAGUGCCACCCCAGGACCUGGUUCGUCACCUUGGACGGGAGGCCGGCCGCACAGGUCCGCCACUCCGUCAUCGAGCUCCAGGGCCGCCACCGGGCGCCGAGCAGCAACGACACCAGCCUGGACUCCGGCGUGGACAUGAACGAGCCGCAGCAGAACGUCCGCGAGCGGCAGCGCGACAGGCGAGCGCUCAGGGCCUCCUCGCUGCCGCACCACGGCCGAGCGGGCCGCUACGGCGAGGACCAGGACCUGAGCAGCAGCGAGAGCGGCACCACGGCCACCUGCACGCCGGAGGACGCCUCCCUGAGGAACAUUUUGGACGGGAGCAGCGGCGCCAUUCCCAACAUCCCCGAGGAGCGAGACGGGAUGGACACGUCCAGCGCUCAGGAGGACAGCGAGUCCAGGGGAACGCCGCCGCCGCCACGCCGCCUGCGGAAGGUGAGGGAGAAGGGGAAGACGGAGAAGAGGAGCGCCAAGCACGUGCGUGAGGGGAGGCCUCUGAACAAGAGGAGUUAAAGCGUGAAGAAGACGAGCGCCACAUUCGCCAUCGAGCUGUUUGUCAUCAGCGCCGAGUCGUCCUAAAAACCCGUUGUUUUUUUAAACCACGCAGUUCUCACGCAGGCAUCGUUGUCGUCGAGUCACGUGAUUGGACAACGUCGCCAAAGAAUCCACGUGCCGGCUAGCACGAGAAUUACCGCAGCGCCGCCUUCUCUCAUUGUCACGAACUUGAAGACCACCAGCGAGAUUCAUCGAAGCCCCGCCCCCCCAAGCACGGCAUUGUAGAGGUGCCUUCCUACUGCCUGCAUUGAAUAUGACCACACGAGGCACUGUUUAGUCAAAUCUGGUGAGUUUGCAGGAUGGACACACUUAUCCUCACCACUGAUGCCUGCUGUAAAUUAAAUAGGAUAUAUAGGAGCUGCCCCCUGACAUCUUUGUUUUGAUCGCUCUGCUGCAUUUUAAAUUUUUUUUUACAAGACACUCUGGGGGUUUGUGAAAAUUUAAAUAAACGUCAUCACCGAUUGGACUUGUCGACUUCGCGCCUUCGCCGACUACGACGCUGGAAAAAAGCCGAGCUGCCAUUUCAACAGUUAUCACACCUGAUAUUCAAGGUUACGCCUAUAAUUGUUUCAGGAUGCAUGAAAAUGAACUCUUCGUCGCGAGUAUGAACAUUUCUUUUCUUUUCUUUUUUACCGUAGAGAUAAAUUGUGGCUAAUGUAAAGAACAAUAACUUCACCGUGAUUAUCAUCACAAUGGACGGUCGUCUAACAAUCCCAGUGAAGGCUCAGGUGGUCAAAUGGUUCAACAACUUCAUCGUAAUAACUUUAAUCCUCAACAGUUAUGCUUAAAGGCCCUCUAUUAAUUGACACGGCAAAUAAAGCACACUCCACUUUAAUAUGUGCCCGUCCGUCACGCUGCAUUUAUUACACGCUUAUUACACGUCCGGAGUGUAAUUACUGACGUCGUUGACCAGACUUCGUGAACUUUGGCCAAACUUUCACCACAAUUUUUUUUUUACGAGCAAUAUUUAGCAGAAAUUAAAAAGGAACUUUUGCAGUUUUAGUCUUCCAUCAUACUGUACAUCCCCCCCCACGGGUGAGUUCACUUUGUACGACCCCGUGGUCUCAUCCAUGCGUUUCUUGUAUAUAGUAAAGCGACAUUUUCCGUAUUUACGUGGCUGUGAUCGAACUUAUUUUGUGCCGUUUUUUUUGCAGCGGAUGGUUGAAUGAGUCCGUUUCUCUAACGGUAAGAAGAGUGAGCCGAGCUUUGGAGUUUCACACUCAAUCAUUCAGCUUUCUCCCACUCACACACACACACAAAUCAAAACCUACUGCCACUCCUGUUCUAUAGAUCCCUCUGAAUGUAUGCGUAUUGAUUUUAAUGUGUUCUCCGGUGUGCUCCUCUCGUGUCUCGACGUUGAAACUCGAGGACUUUUUUCUUUUCCUCCUGAGUGGGCGCCUCUUGUGUUGACCUCUGUGAUGAUGGUAGUGUUAUUAGUCUUGCCUAAAUUAAUAAACUUACUUGAU